CAUCGCAACUUUUACAAUACAUUUGUUUUUUCGAAACAUUCUGGUGUUAAACAAUUUAUAUUAUUUUUGUUUUGAGCAAAGCACUGUUAUUCUCAAAGUCUCAACUUCAUUAAAUCAUGCCAAGAAGCAGAAGCAGAAGUAAAUCUCCAAAACGAGAAAGAAAACGAUCCAGAGAUCGUGAAAGAUCCAGGUCACGUGAUCGACACAGACGUCAUAAAAGAAGUAGGUCAAGGUCCAGAGACAAAGGUCGCAGAAGAUCAAGGGAGAGAAAGCAUGAAAAAGAUGAAAGGCGUCACAGUCGAGACCAGAGUCGGGAGCAUCACUCUCGAGGUGGUGGAGGAGGAGGAGGAGGAAGGAGACAGGAGGAAGAGGAGGAGAUGGUGGAGGAGUUAACAUUUGUACCUGUCAAUAAAACUGUCACAGAGGAGGAGCUGCAAGCCAUGCCAGAAGAUGAGCAGGAGAUGAUGAAGGUCAUGGGCUUUGCUGGCUUUGACACCACCAAGAAUAAGCAGGUUGUUGGAAAUGAUCAUUAUUCUGCCAAUAUUUCCAAGAAACGAAGAUACAGACAGUACAUGAACAGAAAGGGUGGCUUCAAUCGACCACUGGACUUCAUAGCAUAGUGUGACUGUAGAAACUGGACUCCAUGAAAAUGAAUGGGCAUCUAUGGUCGAGAAAUAGUUUACCUGCAGUUAUUAAAUGAAGUCAUAGAAUGCAUGGUAAAUCUUGAGGUUGAAUGAUAAGAAAGUGUGUUGAACUUUUAAUUGGGUGUUAUUGUAUACAAGCGCAUGUCCAUUUUAUUGACUUCAUUGACUAGUAUUUGAAUGAGUAAUAGGCUUUCAUUAAAUGAGAUUUAGUCUUGAGAACACAUGGAUAUGUUUUUUAAGCCUUUCCCACAAAGAAGCAAGGUAAAAAUAGCUAUAUGCAAACAGCAUAAAACCAGAUCAGCCUGGGAGUAACUCGCAGUCUGUUCAGGUUUUAUGCUGUUUGCUGGUCAUCAGUAUUUAAGGAUUGGAAAUGAAGCGUUAAAAGCUUGAAUCUAGUAAAAAAAGGUCUUUAAAUAAUUUGACUUUCUAAGGGACCACAAAUGCAUCAAAAUACGUAUCUAAGGGGUAAAGGAUUAAAUGUGAUGAAAAAUCAAAAUUAAAGCCACAUCAUCACAUUAAGGUUAUUUCGUAAUUUUGGGUUUGCUUGUUUUGUUGUUUCUGGUGAUUAUUCAUUUUGUCAUCGUUUCAAUUAUUCUUUAGUCCAGACAAUUUCAUGUCAGUUCAUGACUUAUUUGGAUUCCAUUUACACUUAAUAUCACAUACAUAUGUGAUUUUAUUCUGUUAAAUAUUUAAAAGAAGUCAUUACUAUCUUGUACUUGUACAUAUUGGUUAGAACAUUUUAAUUUUUGACAGUGCACUGAGUUGGUUUUUAAUACAAAAAGAUAUAUUCCAAUCGAAUGUGACAAUAUUAAAGCCUAAUAAACUAAUGUUGUUUUUGUUAGUAUUUUUGUUUCCAUGUGAGACUGCACUGACAGUCAUUGUACGUCCUGAUUGCUAUUCAUUGUGGUUAUUUUUGAGGUGUUUGUAUUACCAGUAAACAUGGGAAAAGUCAAAUGUUGUGAAAUGGUAUAUAAGGACAUACUGUUUCUACUUUCAAUUUGUAGUGACUACACAUGUGUAAAAGCUUUAAAUAAACAAGAUGAAUCUCUA